AAUGUUGUAUGCCUUUCUCAGAUUCCAGGAAGGACGAGGCUGAAUAACAGCCGAAAGAAGAUGGCAGCAACUAUAGAUUCUCCACCAGCUCUGGCUCAUGUCCUAAAGAAGCGCAGGAGUAGCAUAAAUGAACCACCCAUGAUGACACUGAGAAUUAUCGUAUUUGGAAGCUCUGAUCAUCAGCAGUUCUCUCUCACCGAGUCGAUCCUGCAAAAAGAGUGCUUUAAAGGCAUUGAUCCUCAGACUAUACUCACUACUAAAAUUUCUGCAAGCAUCUUUGACCAAAAUGUGACUGUGGUCAACACGCCCAAUCUUAUGGAUCAUGACUUAUCACACUACAUGUUAAAAAAAGAGCUGAAGAAGGCGGUUUGUUUCUCCUGUCCAGGACCUCACGCCAUCCUGUUUACACUAAAUCCGUUGGACCUGCCAGCGAACGCAUACGACAUGUUCAAACCGGUAGUGCAGUGCUUUGGAGAGGGAAUCUUAAACAACACGAUGGUUGUUUUGUACCAUGAGGAAGAGCAGUGGAGACCGUCGUUAGAAGACAGUGUGAAGAAGAAUAAGCACCUCAGGGAGUUUCUUGAGAAAUGCGGUCAAAGAUAUCUCGUCUUCGGUAGUAGGGAGAACAGGAGAGAUGGUAUUGUGACGAGGGAGCUGUUUGAAAAAAUAGACAACAUGGUGGCAGAGCAUGGGAUUUUUUCCAACCUGGAGUUUAAAGAUGCUGAUAAACGAAUCAAGGCAGAGGAAAAAAUUAUCGAAAAUAAGAGAAAGAAGGAGGUCAGUGCAAUGUUGGAGGAACUGAAGAAAAAGUAUUCUAAUGAAGAUCUGGAAAGAGAAGUGAACCUUUAUAAAGAAAAGAUCUAUUUAGAGAACAGAAACAGGGCAGAAGUGCAAAUCGCAGACAAACUCGGCUUAGCUCUCAGGCUUGUCGAUUACGCAGCAGCGAUAGGAAAGGGAGCGUUUGCAGGGGCAAUAGUAGCAAUGGCGAUGGGGUUUCCGGGCAUUGCCAUAGGGGCAGUGUUUGGGGCAGCUCUCGGUGGGUUAUUAGGUGGUGCGGCUGGAGCAGUGUGGAACAUUUUUACUAAUGCUUUACCAGAGAUUGGUAGAGAAACAUAGAGCAGUAUUCAUGUUUAAUUCUAGACAUCCAAAUUUACCAUCCACAAGUUUGGUGGAUCAUAAACCAGUGGUUGUCCUGCAGCUGACAUUCUUUUCAUUAUCUGGAUAUAUACUACUGUUUAAAUUUUUUUAUAUACACUGUUUUUGUUUACAGCUGAUAACCAGCCCAACAAAAAAAACGGUUUGCAGAAAAUGCUGGUAAAACCUCAACCAUGUCAGUAUAUUAUUCCAUGAAUUAUUUCCAUUUCUUAAUGGAAAACAACAUACAGUGGAACCUUGGAUUGCGAGUAACGCAGUUUGCGAGUGUUCCGUAAGACGAGCAAAGAUUUUUAAUACAUUUUGACUUGGUUCACGAGUAUCAAUGUAUCAUGCAUGCACUUUUUGUUUUGAGGCCGAGCGUCACGUGAUCACAACUAAGCCAAUGUUUUUUCUCUCUCUUGCGCUGCGAAAUUGUAGGUAAUCGUCUCCCCUGCUGGGUCUUACUGGUACAAUCAAUAUCCGUGCACACGUGUAUUGUUUACUAUAACACUGUGACCAUGUGUGUGCAUCUAAAACAUCUUUUAUUUUGUGUUUGCAUGUGAGUGUGUACAGUGCGCGUGUAAUGUUUAUUAUAACAGUUCACCUGUAAAGCAAAAGAAAGUCUUGUUAGAGAGGUUAAAGAGCCAUUUUCCCCCUCUCUGUUCUGUUUCAAUUUUCACUUUGUCAUUAGACGCUGUGCCCCUUCACACACACACACACACACACACACACACACACGCACACACACAUACACAUCUCCUCACACAUUACCUCCUGUUGAACAAGUAUUAACCUCUUCAUAGAUAGAGCCAGUUUCUAAGCUGAAAUAAUUUAGAUCACUUUACAAGACUUUCUGGCCAAAUUUCUUUAUAUAUAUAUAUAUAUAUAUAUAUAUAUAUAUAUAUAUAUAUAUAUAUAUAUAUAUAUAUAUAUAUAUAUUUCUAGAAUUUAUAAGCUAAAUAGUCUUUUUUUGUAAUAAUAAAACAUUACACCUAAAUUCAAUCUAUUUUUAUACAAUCAUUUUUUUAAAAGUGUCUAAUACCCUCAUGUUUUUUAAAAAAGAAUGCAAAUAUAAACCAUUACUUAAUUGUGCACAUCUACACUUUUUUUUUGUUUAAAGUAAUCUUUUUAUUGUAAUGGAUGACAAAGUGAUUUAACAUGUGUGCAACUAUUUAUUUAUAACCCCAUUGGAACAGCACAUGGUUAAAAAUAACAGAGUUAGUCUUCAGACAAAGAACUAAUAUUAAUAAUAAUAUUUAAAAAAAAAAACAGGUUUACAAAUGUUACUUAGACAUGUGAAUUACAUGUACAUGUAGCACAUAUUGUUAAGAAAAAAUCCUACUGGACUAAUAUGUAACAUAAUAUUUUUGUCACAGCACAUAUAAUUGAUGUUAUUGUUUAAACCUACACUUUAAUUGAUGUGCCAUUGUUUAUAUUUAAUCAUGUUUUGCCCAUUUUUUUAAAUUGAAGCCUAAAUGGAUCACUUUAACCCAAUGAAAACUUAAUAAACAAUCAAAGAUAAAUGUUAUAAUAAAGAAUUUUAUCACACAUGCCAUGUAUGCAAUUUGUUUGCCUGAUGUAUAUUUCAAAUAUAUUGUAUGUUUAUAUACUAUAUAUAAUUUAUGAUACCUUUUUUGACACAUUUUUAUAUCCCAUGUUGAUUAGACACAAUAAAUGCUGCGUUCAUCAUUUGCCUGGUUGACUAGUUUCUGAUUGUAAGUGUCAAAUUUGACUUGCAGUGUGUGACUGCAAUGUUACCUGUCCAAUAAAGGUA